AUGCAUUACAUCACUUCCUACCUGCUGGCCGCCCUUGGGGGCAAUACCUCUCCUAGCACCAAGGACAUCAAGAAGAUCCUGGACAGUGUAGGCAUCGAGGCGGGCGAUGAUUGGCUCAACAAGGUCAUCAGUGAGUUGAACGUGAAGAACAUUGAGGACAUCAUUGCCCAGGGCAUUGGCAAGGUGGCCAGCAGACCUGCUGGUGGGGCUGUGUCCAUCACCACUGCCCCAGGGUCUGCAGCUCCUGCUGCAGGUUCUGCCCCAGCUGCAGCAGAGGAGAAGAAAGAAGAGAAGAAGGAGGAGUCAGAGGAGUCAGACGACGACAUGGGCUUCGGCUUAUUUGACUAG